AGGGACAAAACCAGUCAAUGAAUACACCACGACCACCAUCAAUACGAACCCCAUUAGUGUCUCCCAUGGCUCUCCAAUUGUCUGGUUUUUUAAAUGGGGACACAAUCCAAGUUCAAGGAGAUGCAGGGGACUUGCAAUUCUCGGUUCAAUUGAAUAUCGCCAAGAAACUUUUUCACGAGAAACUUGGUCCUCCUCUUGAAUCUCCUGGGACAGUUGCAUAUAACCCAGAAAAAAUUUCGAUUGAAGAUUCAAGCUUUUCUUCGUACGUGACCCCAAAUGGCUCUGAAGAAUUAAGGAACGAAGGUCGUUUUGCAGAGCCAGUAGCUGAUGAAAAUUGUCGUUUUGGCGAAGAGGUUGAUAGGUCUGAGGUUAUUAAGAUUAGGGAGUGCGUUGUGACGAGGCUGAGAAGUGGGGUCAUAUCUCCAGUGACAUAUUAUCCUCCUCGGAUUUUCUCUGAGAAUUUAUUAAGGCCUUCUAAGAAAGUGAAAUCAAGGAAGAGAAGUUCAGAGAAGAAGAUUGAUGUGUUUGAGAGAUUGUUUAGAAGGCAUAGUUGUCCUGUGAAGCCAUGUACUUCUUAUGCAUUCUUUGUUAUGGCUACUUGGGGUGUGGUCAAAUCAUCUUCGUUUGGUGAAACCAGUAAGAGAAUUGGUCAAAUGUGGUACAAACUCUCUCACAAUGAGAAAAAGUUAUACCAGGAGUUGGCUUUGAAGGACAAUGCAAGAUACAAGAAGCAAUGCAAGUUGUUGAAGAAGAACAAAGCCUAGUAGAGCCUAGAGGACAGGUUAUUAUUUCUUUAGAACAUAUAAGCU